AUGUCAUUGAUAACUUUUAAAGCUGGAAAGCUUCGUAGGGUUCCAGGAACCAAAAUACUGCGAGCGGAUCCUGCGAAAGGAUUUAUCUCAAUGAGCAGAGACGCAGACGGUUUGACACAUUUUCAAUGGGGAAAGAGAGACGAAAUGGAUGCACCAGAAGAUGAUAUAGUUGUGUUUCCGUCAGAAUGCAACUUCGAAAGAGUUGAAGAAUGCCAGAAUGGAAGAGGCUUUGCACUAAAAUAUCCGUCUUCCACACUGUCCUUGUUCUACUGGAUGCAAGACGUAGACGCUUCGAAUGACCACACCAAUGCUUCCCGGAUAAAUUCGCUGAUUCAUGGUCAAGACUUUCAAGAAUCGGCACAGUCGGAUGUAGCUACAGUUUCGGAUGCGAUGGAUAUGGAUACAGCCGGACAAAACGAAAAUGCUAAUCAAGAACAGCUUCCUGCUUCAGGUCCUCAAGAUGCGCACAUGGAUGAAGCUUCCGCUUCGGAAACAGUUCGAAAUUUAUUAAACAAUAUCUCUUCUCAACGUUCUCUUAGUACAGUGGACUUGGCCGAUGUGUUGAAGCCCUCUAAUGUCAGAGAACUAGUACAUCAGGAAGGAGUUGUUGAUCAGUUGAUGCCGUUUCUUCCUCCUGACACACCCGCCACUCCGGAAGCUGUAAUGGAGGUUUUAAAUAGCCCCCAGUAUGCUCAGGCAGUUAGAUCGCUGAGUCAAACUUUAAACUCUCCCAAUGGUUUGGAGGUGAUUUCUGCUCUUGGUUUAUCGCCUGACGAAUCCUCUUCCCCCAACGAGGUUGGUGCUUUACAAUUCCUGAAGGCUAUUGCUCGCCAAGUCAAGGAAAACAAAGAUCGUGAACAGCAAUAA